AUGACUCCCGAAUCGGCUUCUACAGAUAGCUUGCUCAAUGAGAAGUCUCCUCAGGAGUUCACCUCUUACGCUACAGGUCGGCAGAAUGUUGCCUUUGUUGAUAUCAAGGUCAAGCUGCCUAAACGGUACAACCCGGUGACUUACUGGAUGGACUAUACGUUCAGCUUCUUCUGGGAGAGCUGGCCUGCUCCUGCUGAGAGGAUCGAAGCUACUUCGUAUGCGUUCGAUGGCAAGGAGAAGGAUCUGGUUCCCGUUCCCGCCAAGGAUUCGUCCUCUUUAAAGGUUAACAACUCGGCUUAUGAUGGAUUUGUUUGGGCUAUUGUACACAAAAGUAGUAUGCGCAAGUUCCGUCAGGACCGCUACGAUGCUUCGAUCACUUUUACUAAGGAAAACGCCAAAUUGCCUCCCUGGGUGACUGUGAUGACGGAGAGCGCUGAGAUUACUGAGGCGCUUCUCACUCCCGAGCUGAUCAAGGCCAUUGAGCAGGCCGGCCAUGAGUUUGAGUACUUGAUUGUUACUGACCAGCCGACUGACAAGCCGGUGAAGGUCGAGGAAGCCACUCCCAGGAAGCGUAUCAGCCUUUCGAUGCGCAUUCCCUCCGCAUCUGAUGCCUACGCCAGUAAUCUGCCGCUGUUCCAGCAAUUCCUCGGUUUCGCAGACAAGCUCGUUGCGUCUGCGCACUUCCGUGCUGAGGUGAUGCGCAAGGUCCGGAACGUUCGUGAAGCCGAGAUCAAGAAGCUCCGCCGUGCCGACGAAGAAGGGAAGGCUGAGGAACGCAAGGUCGCUACGGAAAAGCAGAAGAAGGAAGAGCGAGAGCGUAUCCUCCGUGGUAUGACUGCGGACGAGCAGCGCAAGUACCUCGAUCGCGAGAAGGAGAAGGAGAACAGACGUUCCACGAAGAAGGCAACUCGGAGGGCUUAG